UCUUCAAUAUAUGCCAUGAGAGCCAUUCUGCCGGACCCAGACUUCAUCGUCUGGACUGGUGAUGACACACCUCAUGUGCCUAAUGAACAGCUGGGGGAAGAAGCCGUACUCUCCAUCAUCGGCAACCUAACCCACAUUAUAAAGCUGGUGUUUCCAGAUACCAAAGUAUACUCUGCACUGGGUAACCAUGACUACCACCCAAAGAGCCAGCUGCCUCCUGCACAGAGUCACAUCUAUGAGGAGACAGCCAAACUAUGGCAGGACUGGAUGGAGCCAGAUUCCCUGCAAACCUUCAGAACAGGUGGAUACUACACAGAGAAGCUGCUAAACCACACAGGCUACAGGGUCCUAGUGCUCAACACCAACCUCUACUACGACCAGAACAAAGUGACGGCGGACAUGGAAGAUCCAGCGAACCAGUUCAGCUGGGCGGAGCAAGUGCUGACGUCGGCUGCCAGCAACAAAGAGAAGGUAUACAUCGUAGGCCACGUCCCGCCUGGCUUCUUCGAGAAGAAGCGGAACAAGCCGUGGUUCCGACCCAACUUCAACCGGCGCUACCUGGAGCUGGUGCAGAGGCACCACGCGGUUAUUGCCGGGCAGUUCUUUGGCCACCACCACACCGACUCCUUCCGCAUGUUCUACAGCUCUGAUGACACCCCCAUCAGCGCCAUGUUCCUGACCCCCGGUGUCACCCCCUGGAAGACCACGCUACCCGGGGUCACAGAUGGGGCCAACAACCCCGGCAUCAGAGUCUUUGAAUACGACACCCAGACACUCCUUGUCAAGGACGUGGUGACCUACUACCUGAACCUGACCCACGCCAACGUGGCGCGAGCUCGCUGGGAGAAGGAGUACCGCCUGUGCGAGGCCUUCCAGGUGCCGGACGCCUCCCCCGCCUCCAUGCACCGGGUCCUGGAAAAGGUGGCCGGACAGCAGUGCCAUCUGCAGAGGUACUACGAGCUCAACUCGGUCAGCUACGACCUGUCCCGCUGCGACGAGCACUGCCGGGCCGACCACGUCUGCUCCAUCCGGGAGGUGGACUUCCACAGGUACGAGCGCUGUCUGGAGAAAGAGGGGGCGACUGUCGCCCGACUCACCCUGCUGCCCCUCCUCCUCUCCGUGGCCCUCAGCAUAUUCGGGGUGACCCUCUGA